AUGUCCUUCCAGUCAGGAGUGACCAGGACUGGAUAUGCGCUGAGACGCGCCGAGGACGAACUAUUCAACGGACGACAGAGGGGCGAGGUGGUAGAGAGCUUGCUGCUUGCGGAAGAGAGUGUCGAAACGUUGAGCGAGCCGUUCGCAGCGUUGAACUCAUCUAUCCUAAGGAGAAACGCUAGCAAAAUCGUCGCCCUUUUCACCGAUGGCUUAUCAAUUGAUGAUCCGCUGAAACCGUCUGAGCAUCUGCGACUUCAAAGAGGAGUGAAAAUCUACGUGGUAAGCGUGAGUGCCGAUGGAUUUGGACCGGAAAUGCAGCGUAUCGCCGGUGAAAGCGCAAAUGUCUACGGACUGCGCGGAGAAACGUUGAUUACUGAAAGUCACGUUCACGGGAAAUCCUGUUUCUUCAGUGAACAUUGA